AUGCCCUGGAUCUCUCUCUCAACUGGAGCAGUCGUUAUCAUUGGAGCCGUCGCCUUACCCGUGACGAUCCCCUUUACAGUCGCAGCACUCGGGUUCAGUUCUACCGGUGUCGUCGUAGGUUCGGCGGCUAUCAAGACUAUCGCAGUAUAUGGAGGGAUCGAAUCUGUAGGAUCUAUCUGUGCAACUCUCCAGUUGAUCAGUGGUCUUGGGGUUGCCGAAAACGUGAUUGCCGCAGCCGUAGGAGGAGUGACUGUAGGAGUGAUAUCCAAGAUUGCCGACUGUUUACAACCUGCCAGGAAUGAUGGUGGUCGACCGCUCGCGGCUAGGGAUGUGGCACUUGACGAAACGACUGGUGGAGACGAUGAGGAUGCAGAAGGAACCAAUGCCGAGGACUCUGAAGGUAUCAGAAACACGAAGGGUGGCGCCCAUUUUGUUGUAAAAGGCGUUUAUUCCGCGACUGCGACCGAAGAUGAGGGUGAGCAGCCCGCUAACGCGACAACUACCGAGACGACAAUCGGUGGCGGCGGUGAGGAUGGAAAUGUCAACGGCACCGUCAUGGUCGACGACAAUGCCAGUGUAUUCUCACUUAUCUACUAG